UCUCUCUCUGAGUUUACCUCUUCAAGAAUAAAUUUAACGGAGUCGAGAAAAACUGAUCUAUCAUUUUGCACAGAUGUAAAUAUGACUUCCGUCGAUCGUAAAACGAGGUCUCUUUUUGUUUUUCUUUUUUAUUGUGCUGAUUAUUUAUUUGACAAUCAUAAGUAUUUAGCGAUCGGAAAAAUUCAGUAAUUAUUCGCAACAAUCAUUUGCACAGUCAUUAUGCGCAAACGUUAGAUGUGUCUACGAUGUUCGAAAAUUUGUACAUAUCUAAGCAUACACACAUAUGUGUCGGUAUCCUUGAAAAGGUUAAUCAUCGCAUUAUCCAUACAGGAUAUAUAUAGUGGACGUGUGUGUAUACUUGAAAACGGUUUAGACGCAAUGAAAUAAGGAGCGCACUAAAUUGUCACAAUCGGCAGUCGCCAGUGAUAGCCGUCCACGAACACCAUUCCAGUGAAAACGCUCCUAUUCCAAGAGGAGAUUCUACACGGCACAAUCUUGUCACUUAUUUAUCAUAUUUGAUAUUUUUUUAUUAAUCAUUAUCGAUGUCGACGCAGCUGUCAAUUGUGAUCAUAGUCGGGAGACUUGUAACUCUGAUAUAUUUACCAAAUCGUAAAUUCGAUAUGUAGGAGUACAUAUUAUUUUUAGAGAUUUUACGAUGUUUACUUCGCGUGUACGCGAAACGUACUUUGCGGUGGUGAAGAGGAAGCGAAAAACCGGAGGAUUGCAAGAUCCUGACUCGAACCCCAAUGUCGAUUAACUGAACAAUGUUGGGACCUGGGUAGUGCCUUUUAUUAAUCGGAGUAUCAGGUGGAGACGAUAGAGAUAUAAUACGUAGCCUUUCUAAUACGUAGAAAUUAGGCCUAUUGACUUUGAGAUAAAUUAAACUUCGUUGAAAAGAUCGUCCUCCACUUGGCGACUUCCGUUUUAAUCGCGUUCAUUAUAGUGUUCAACGAUGAAUUUUACACAUGUAUAUAUUUGUUUUUAUAUAAUAUAGUUAAUUAUAUAUAACAAAUAUAACGCACGAAGGCGGUGGAUAUUGAAAAAUUACUGUCGGUACAUUAGUAAUGUUAUUUGUUAGAAGAAGAAAUUCUUCUAUAUACCGGUUAUUCGAUAAUUAGACAAAGUCUAUCUUUUGUUGUACAACCGACUUUCCAUUGCUCUAUUCCUACAGUUUUGCAGAUUCUCUGCAUUAAAGUCUCACGACUCGACACUCAAAAUGCGGAGAUAUGCAUUUUUACAUAGUCUUAAAUGACGAUAUACGAUGCUUGUUCAUAGGAAACAAUGAAAGUAGAAAUGCGUCCCAAGGGGCAAUAACAAUACUGAUUUCCUUUAUGUAUAACUAUCGCAUAAAUGAUCUGCACUUUAUUAUGCAGAUAAAAACUGUCUACUUUAUAUUCGUAUAAUAUGAAAAUGUAAUAUGGCGUAUAAUAUAAAAAAAGACCAGAGUAAAUCUCGCAGAGAUCGUAUUUAUUUACGUAACGCGCGCUUAUUAAGAAACUUAAUUGUUAAGUUUAAGCUUCAUUUCUUGCUUCCGACACAUUACUCACUAAUGCCUGUGCUGGUAUAAUAUCAUAAUAUUUGUAUUACGAGAAUGAUAUCUUAUUUAUAAGAUUGCUCGUUAUCUCCAAACGAUAUAGAUUUUUUUACUUGAUUUACUUACAAGUAGCGCAGUAGCAUCAUAAAAAUAGCAUAUAACAGCUUUAUUUAGUUAGCUGUGAUUAACGACGCUUGCGUGUUCUGUGCUUACUCCUAAGAAAUUUUGUAUCAAUUUUUCAUACAUAUCAAUAAAGAUUCUGUAGGUGUACAAAUUAAUUCAGUGAAUUUUACAUUGCAUUGAGUCGGUUUCUCUGGCGUGCGCUUUGAAAUAUAUAUGUUAUUAAUAUAGUGAUGUUAAUUAUUAUAUACAGAAGUUUAUUAUUACAUAGCAAUAUUAAUUUGUAGUUUUAUACAGCGAAGGUUCGAACAAUUGAAGAAGAGCGCAAGAAAAAACCGAAACAUGACAGGAGCGUCAAAUGAUUUUAAAAGAACAUUUCAUAUGUAAUAAAGUCACAUUCUUUCACAUUGCGAAUCGUAGUAUGUGAUUGUCUAAAAAAGAAAAAAAUGGAAGAAAAGGUAAAUGACACCACUGCCAGAGAACCUUCCGAAGAACAACCUCAGAAAACAGCCGGGAGAAAGAUCAUUAUCGAGGUGGAUGAGGACGAUCCUUGUUUGCAGAAGUACAAACCGCCAGAAAAGACACCGCAAGAAGAGACACAGUUAUUCGGCAAAUGUUUCGAUUAUGAUCCAAGAUUUCAGCAGCAAAAUCAGACGCAGAGGUGCUUCGUCAUGUAUACCGACUUUUAUCGCUGCGAGCACAUCUUAGGCGAAGGUACUGAAGCGUGCACGUGGUUUAAAGAUGUCUUCAAGGCUAUAUGUCCAAACGCUUGGGUAGAAAAUUGGGACGAACUUAGACUCUCAGGUCGAUUGGCCUGGCACAAAUAUAAAACUCAGGGUGCUUUCCCCGGCAGCAAGUAUGGUGAAUAGAAGUCCACUUUUAAAAGAUUGUGUAAUAUCAAUGAUACCGAAAUUAUUCUUUAAAAUUAUUCUCCGGUUUUGUAACAUUCAAUAAAAUGAUUAAACAA